AGACUGUUCGUGCGCACGCAGACGUACGACAUCCCGUGCGACCCGCGGCAGCCCGCCAAGUGGCUGCUGAUGCAGGCCAAGACCAUCCAGCGCUCGGGCCAGAAGCACUCGCCGCCCGAGGACGAGCUGGAGGUGCUCUUCAACCGCACGAGUCGCCAGGUGGUCGACCUGGAGGCGUCCAUCGGCAGCAGCAUCUCCGCCAUGGACGUCGUGGACGCGCGCACGCUGCUGCAGACGCCCGACACGUCCUACAGCAGCGCCAUGUUCCCGUGGCUGCGCUCGUACCCGGGCGGGCUGCAGCUCUCGUCCGACAAGAUCGACUCGUCCAACGGCCUCUUCUUCCAGCAGCUCUACGCCUUCACGCUCAUCGGCAAGCGCACGCCCGUGUCGGCGGCGCAGCGCAAGCAGAAGCAGGACCAGGACGCCUUCCUCUCGCUGCUGCACACGUACGUCAUGGGCAACUACGACCAGGACCACCGCUCCCAACCGCAGCCGGCAGCUACACCAGUGAAUGGACGGUAUACUGCGCCUCCGGCGCGUACUCAUGGAGCGCGCGGACCCACGCCUAGCAGUAUGUAUGUACAGUCAUCCAGAGACAACAACUACACUGCACCGAGGCGAGCGACCGUGCCGUCGUCGCCCGUGUAUCCGCCGGAGCAUGACCCCAGCGGCUUCUCGGACUCGGGAUCCGACAGCAGCGUGGAGGACGUGCCGGCGUACCCGACGCGGUCAUCACUGACCAAUAAGUACAGCGCUGGACCCCAGCGGAUCCCUGCGCCGUCAAGCCCCGUGCAGCAGGUACCUACGGUCCCGUCGCCGCCGAUUCCUCGCCCGCAGAACGCGCUGGACGGGAUGGAGAACGUAUUCGAUAUUGUAUUCAAGCAGCAGGCUAUUGGUAUGAAGCUCGGCGCGGACGAGACCAAGCAGUUUGCGAUCGUCAAGGAGUGCUUUGAAGGAUCCGAGGCGAAGCGGUAUCCAGAGAUUCAGAGUGGCGUGGUCAUUCUCGCUGUGAACGGACAGGAGGUGAGCGGCCUCGGACUCUCGCGCGUGCUCUAUCGGUUACGAGAGGCGCCGCGUCCGGUGGUUGUGCGCUUUGGACGGAUGUCGACUCGUCAAUUGAUGGAACGGCGCAAGGCUCGAGGCCCAUGGUGA